UCUCUCUCUCUGUCUCUCUCUCACCUUCAAUGAGUUGAACAAACAAUUUCACCAGGGAAGAAAUAAGAAUAGCAGGAAAUGGGCAAGUACAUGAGGAAGUCCAAGCCCACAGGGGAAGUAGCAAUCAUGGAAGUCUCACACUCCCAACCCUCUCUUGGGGUUCGCACCCGAGCCAAAACCCUAGCUCUCCAGAGGUCGUCGGCUCAACCUGUCACCUCCGCCUCCUAUCUCCAGCUCCGCAGCCGCCGACUCGAGAAGCCCCCGAUUCUUAUGACCAAGCGGCUCGAGCCCAGAAGGCAGAAACCCAAGGCUGCUCCUAAUUCCAGGGCAAGUUCGAGGCUUGGGGUCGAGUCUCGGUGCCAAAAGGCUGAGGCAUCUGAGGAAACGGCAGCGAAAGAGGAAGAGGACCGAGGACAGAAUGAGCAGGGUAACACCAACAACAACGAAAAUGCUGAUUUGGGUGUCGAAGAAGCUUCGUUUGGAGAGAAUGUGCUUGAGUUUGAAGGUAGAGAGAGAACCACAAGGGAGUCCACGCCGUGUAGCUUGAUACGGGAUCCAGACACCAUCAGAACCCCUGGUUCUACUACCAGGCCCACUAAUUCAGCUGAAGCUAAUCGGAGAAUACAGAACUCGUCGCAGAGGCACAUACCCACAGCACAUGAUAUGAAUGAGUUCUUUGCUGGUGCUGAAGAAGAGAUGCAAAAGAAAUUCGUUGAGAAAUACAACUUUGACCCUGUGAAUGACAAGCCACUCCCCGGGCGUUAUGAAUGGGAAAAGGUGGAUCCGUAGAAGACACUAGCAUAUCCGUCAGGACUUCCUUUCCGGCACAUUCUUGGUUGAUCUCGGGCUAACUAGCAGGGUUUAGGUUUUUAGUAGUUGCGGUGAUGGUUGCUAUUUCUAUUUUCCAUCACCCUUCUUUUACUUGUAAAGAAGUAGGAGUGGCAAAGAUGUGUAGACUAAUGAUCUGUAACAUAACAGGUUCUGUGAGUACACAACAAAUACAAAUCAAAGAGUUCCUUGUCUAACAGAUCAUCUCAGGGAGAGGAAGGGAAAGAGGGUUUGAGAUGCAGGGUUAGGUAGGGUUAGGGUUAAGUCAAUUAGGUCAGUCGGUCUAUGUGGUACAGAAAGUUCAAUGUCUAUACUUGUACUGAUGCAAACUUUAGGAAACUGUUGGAAUAAACAUGACCCUUUUCCCCUCUUCC